ACGAUGGUUGGAGAGAAAUACCAGUAAUUGACUACAACCCAUUUGCAGGAUUAUACAGCGUAAUUUGUUACUUGAUUAAAAAAGGUUAAAAUGAGCCUCAUUGCAGUUUUAUUAGUACUUAUUAAGUUGUGUGCUGCUCAGGACAACGAGUGCGGUGUAGUGCCAAUGACCCAGUGGGUGGGUCAAGCGAGCCAGCGCACAGAACCACUGGCCAACCCUGUAGACCUGGUGAUCAUCCAGCAUAGCGUAUACGGUGCAUGCGCCACGGACGAGGCCUGCGAGAAGGCCGUGAGAGGGAUCCGAGAAUACCACAUUAACAAAAAAGGGUUCACUGAUAUAGGAGAAUCGUUCCUUAUCGGCGGCAACGGCAAAGUGUACGAGGGCGCAGGUUGGUCGUUAGUCGGGGCGCACACCAAACUGUACAACAACCGCUCCAUUGGGAUAUCCUUCCUUGGAGACUUCAGGAAAACCCUGCCUACUUCAGAAGCCCUGCAAGCAGUAAAGGAUCUUAUUUCCUGCGGCGUAUCGCACAAUUUUCUAGCUCAGGAUUACCGUCUUGUAGGCCAUCAGCAGGUCGUAAAAACUGAGAGCCCGGGCACGGAACUACAGAAGGAGAUACAGGCUUGGCCCCACUGGGCUGAAAAUGUUUAGCACAGAAACAAUACGGGUCAAACCGAUUUAGAAAAAUUUACACUUUUGUGGACAAUAAAAGUGAACGACUCUGGUACAAUUGUA